CAAGAAAACAUCGUAUGGCUACCAUUUAGCAUUCUUCUUGCCUUUUUUUGUGGCCAAUUUUCCUCAAAGCUGGCGAUCGUGUGUCUGCCUGGACGAACGAGUGUUAUUGAUAUUUCCACGUCUUUCUUCCUUUUUAUGGAUCAGUUUACGCCCAAACAGAAACUUGUUUUCACUUUUUCAGAGAGCGGGCAAGACAACAUAUCAGCAGAGUGGGUGUGCCCAAGAUGUGACCAUUGUAACACGUGGAUCUACGAGGAAUGUGAGGAAUGCGGAGAACCCACCCCUAACCUGUGUGAAGCUUGCUCGGGAGUGGGAACCUGUGAUCAGUGCGUGAAGACUCCUACUGCUGUUGCUAAAACACCUGUUCUUAUCGCGUGGAGAUGUACACACUGUAAGACCUAUAACGACCCCACCCUACGCAGAUGUUCCGUAUGUAAAGAAACGCUGGCCUCCUGUGAAGCAGUGUGGAAGUGCCCUGGAUGUGGGGAUUACAACUCUGAGACAGACAACAACUGUGUCAACUGUAAAUAUGACAAUCCGGACACGUCCCAGACUUGACGGUGGUUUUUAAGGACCUUUUGGGUUUGAUAUUUAAUGCAGUUGGGACGAUGUUGAUUUUUAAAGUGAAAGUUUUGUUAUCGAACUUGAAAUUUUGAUGUUAACGCUGUUUUCAAUUCACUUAAUCAUGUUAAAUAUAAUGUUAAUGAUAUUCAACGGAUGAUUCAUUACAUUUUCACAAACAUCCAAUAACUCAAUAAUCUCCAUAAUACCGUAGUAACUAACUUUAGUGUUGUUAUCCUGUUGUUAACCUGACAUUAGGAAAGAACCCUAUUUAAAUAAAAGUUUCCCUGUCGACCAGAGCUCGACUUAUUUAACCAAAUGGGGGAUUAAGGUGGAAUUUACUAC